GAGUAUUUGAAAUUCAAAUCCAUUAAAACUGGACCCCACUGGAAGGAGAAACCGCCAUCUUUUUCAUCUUCCCCAGUUCACUCUCGCCUUAGCUAACUCUCCGCCUUUCUUUCUUCUUCCCACCAGUUCUAGUAGAAGCACAGAAACGAAAGCAAGAAAGACAAAACCCAAAAUGGUGGAGCCCAAGAAGGUGGUGGGGUACGAGGAAUGCCGCCAGAAGCGGCUCGAAGAAAACAAGAAGAGGAUGGCUGAGCUCAACCUCAACAAGCUAGCUCAAGCUCUCCGAACCUCCCCUAAACCCUCCCCGAUGAAAAAGACGAAGCCGCGGGUUAAGCUGCCGCUUGAGCUGACGGCUGUGAGAAGGUCGAGCCGCGUCGCAGAUAAGCCGGCUCCUUGCUACAAAGAAAUUGGACUUGAACCAUUGGGGAUUGGAAGGAGAAGUUACAAAAGAAGAGAUUUGUUGAACCGGAUUUAUGCAUCUGAUGAUGAUAGAAUGUAUGCUCUUCAAAGAGCAGAAGAUUUAGAAUCAGGGUUGGAUAAGGAAUUACCAAGCUUUGUCAAACCCAUGCUUCAGUCCCAUGUAACUGGUGGCUUUUGGCUGGGACUCCCAGUUCAUUUCUGCAAAACUUAUCUGCCAAAGCAUGAUGAGAUGAUAACUCUGGUAGAUGAAAAUGGGGAUGAAAGUGAAGCCAAAUACUUGCAUUCGAAGACUGGUCUUAGUGGGGGAUGGAGGGGGUUUGCUAUAGAGCAUGAAUUGGUUGAUGGGGAUGCUCUGGUUUUUCACUUGAUUCAGCCUACUGUGUUUAAGGUUUACAUUAUAAGAGUCAAUGAAGCAGAUGAAAAUGGCGCAGAGUAGUGUCAUCUUUGUGUCUAAACUAUGUAGGAAAUGCCGAGGGUCGGAUAUAACUUCACCCUUUUGUAGGGAAAAAAGCUUCUUGUUUUUUGUAAACACCCAAUUAUUGGGAAACAUGUUAGUACAUGUGUGAUGUGUGGUAUUGGAAAUCAUGGGAACAAUAUCAUGAAAUUGAAGUGCUC